CGCUUGUUGAUGUACUAACCGGAAGCAACAUAAACAGAUGCAGGUCGCCCUAAAUAUGAUCGAGGGAGCCGAGCGCACACAGAAACUCACACAGGAGCGCCCUGGAGAUCACUUCUGACCUCACUGUUUUGGUUUUAUUGUAAUUUUAAUCUAAAUUAGACGUGGUUUUGUUUUAUCGUUAUUGUUAUGAUGAAGGGUGCGUGUGUGUGGUCGCUGGUCACUGUGUGUGUGUUGUGUGUGUGUGUCGCGUAUAAACCUGUGAUCAUCAUUCACGGGCUCUUCGACACCUCUGCGGAUUUUAUCAACCUUCACCGAUUCAUCAACCUGUCUCAUCCAGGCACUAAUGUGACUGUCCUAGACCUGUUUGACCGCAGCGCCAGCUUGCAGCCGCUCUGGAAACAGGUGGAGGGCUUUAAAGAAGCCAUAUAUCCCAUCAUGCAGCACGCAGCCGAUGGCGUCCACCUCAUCUGCUACUCGCAAGGUGGCCUGGUGUGUCGAGGGAUCCUGUCCACUCUUCCAGAUCAUAACGUGCACUCGUUCAUAUCUCUGUCUGCUCCGCAGGCCGGGCAGUAUGGAGACACAGACUAUCUGAAGUACCUCUUCCCUCAGUUCGUCAAAUCCAACCUGUAUCAUGUGUGCUACACCGCAGUGGGCCAGAAGAUCUCGAUCUGUAACUACUGGAACGACCCUCAUCACAGAGACAUGUACAUCAACAGCAGUGAUUACCUGGCCAUACUGAACAACGAGAAAGAAAAUCCCAACUCUACAGCUUGGAAACAAAACUUCCUGCGCAUUAAGAAGCUGGUGCUGAUUGGUGGAGCUGAUGAUGGAGUCAUCACGCCGUGGCAGUCGAGGUUGGUCCAGUCACCGUCAGUUCGGUUUCUACGAUGAGAAUGAAACGGUCGUUGAGAUGAAAAACCAGAAAGUGUUUUUGACGGACAUCUUCGGGCUGAAGACGCUGUACGCUCGAGGAGAUCUGGCUCUGUGUUCGAUGGCAGGUGUCGCUCACGUCUUCUGGCACUCCAAUGAAACCGUUUAUAAAACCUGCAUUGAGAAAUGGCUCACGUAGACACUGACAAGCGCCCACACUUGACUACAGAUCUUUCUCUAUUUUCUAUUCGUUGUAUACAUGUCGUUACAGGACACUAAUGCAUGACCUCAUACACACAUUCAGUGAAAUACAGGGGUAGAGAGGUGACUUCUAAAUAUAAGGAAUAACCAUCAGUGCCUGAGGGAUACAUUUCUCAUUUUGCAGAAAGAUCUGAAGCUCUAUUUUUCAAUGUGUAGAUAUAGUUUCUAUUUCCUCUUGAAUUAUGUGGUGUGUUUGAUGUGGACUGUGCUGCUGCAGUAACAUUUAUGCCUUACAUAUGAUGUGUUUGGACAUGACUUUGUCUCUAAUCCAAGUGCUAACAGUGCAAUGAGAAAGGAGAGAAUAAGGGAGAAAGGAGAAAAAGGGAUAGCGUGAAAGAAAGCGGAAAGGGAAUUGCAUUUGUAGGAUAAAGCAUUACCUCUCACUUCCCGACUCUGAACCGCUCAUUCAUAUGAAAUACUUUUACUGUUAUUUUAUAAUCAUGGAAACCUGGUGUUUUAUGCUUGAAGGUCAUCUUGCUCUAACAAGGUGUUCAGGUCACAUAGUGUUAACAUUUUUAGAAAGAUUGAGAAAAGGGUUUAAUAGAAGCACAAUUUGAGAGAAUGCGUUGUGAAAUCUAUUUCCUCUGGCUGAGAUAAACACAUGCUAUACAGAUGAGUACUGUACAAAACAUAUUUAUUGUUAUCAUAGCAGUGUUAUGUGCUUGGUUUUAUGUUUUGGCUUGCUUGAACUAUUUUUAAUUAAAUGUCUAACAUUGGGGGUUAUCGGAUAGUUUACCAUAAAGUAUAAGUAUAGUGUCUGAAGUAGAGAACUCUUUAAUACUGAAGUACAAUUUUCAAUAUUUCAACACCGUGAACAUCUUCAGAUGUAGAUUUUGUAAGGGACUUGAGCUUCAUACCAGUGUGCUUUACUGUUUGUACUCAAGCCAUCUUUCAGAAUAAAAUUGCCAUUUUAUGAAGUUUA